CCAUUUACUUUGCAAAUGUUGCGGAACAUAAAUUAGUAGAUUUUCAAUUUAAAACUCACUUAGAAAUGGACCUUGAAGUGAAAAGCAGUUUAUCUCUUUGUGUUCUGUAAAAUAUUUUUUCUUAACUCGUCGCUCGUCGACCCUCAAAAAAGUCGUUGCCUAACUUGUCUGUCAAAUCAGCAGUUUGUCAGUAACUUUUGAAGUUGAUACCUGUUGAAACGAAAACCUUAUCAACAGCCGAGGCCGGACGGACAAAGAAACCCACUUUGUUACUGGAAUAUUAAUUACAAAAUCAAAAUGUUUUGUGAAGUAUGUGGCAAUGUGGAUGAACAUUAUGAUGAAAAUGCUGAAGUGUUCCAUACAGACACGCCAAAGCAUUUGUGCAACUUGAUACUGGCUAAUUACAAUAACAAUAAGCGGUCCUUCAGUAAAAACAAAGAAGGUGUAGUUAUUCUGGGUAAAGCGGUUUCUGAGGAAACCAAUGAACACAAAAGUGUUACGGUUGAUUACACUGACCAUCAUAAAAUCCGGAUUGAUGUAAAACCUCAGCAAAAUGUGAAAUUCAUAUUUAGUAUCAGCAAUGAAACGAGAAAUGAUGAUUUUCUUGUAGUUGGAUUUCAACUAGGCCAUCCACAGCCGCAAUUCAAAAUGAACGACCAUCCUUAUGUUUUUGGAGAAGACCCUCACAUCUUAGAUAAAAAAUCAUCAAUUAAAGAAGAAAUCUCCAUCUCCUUUCAAGCUAUUGAUAUUGGACAAUAUGAAAUGCCUAUAAUGUUUACAUUCCUAAGAACUAGGGAUGGUAAAAACCUAAUUUUCGUAAGGGAAAUGGUCGUGAUGGUACAGGAGAGGCCUAUGACUUACAAAAAGUCUAAAAGCCCUUACACUAAUGAAGAGUUUAAAAAAACAACAUUGAUAAAGUCGAUUAGUCAUGUGCCAUACGAGACUACAUAUAAAAUACCUAAGCUUUUGAAGAUACUACUCCCACGCGGACUGGAAGAUAGGGCGUUAGAAGGGCUUCAAGUGCCCCGCGAAAUGCUGGAGCAAUUGCGCCUAGUUCUUAUUAGCACCAGAGCUAUUUUUGAUGAAGGAAUUACAAAAGACAAUUACAUGAUCUAUUUUCGUCAUCUUUUGUGGUGGGAAGAGAUUAUUUCUAAGAUUAACUUGAGGAAAUACAACAUGUCGAGCGUGAAACUUCAGAAAGAGCACAAGGGUUAUUAUCUUCAAGUGCCGGGGCUGGCGGAAAAGCGGCCUUCUUUGUUGCGUGGUGACAGAGUGUUUAUCACCCCAAAAGAGUGUGAUUACACGUUCGAAAGUACGAUCAAAGAUAUGGAUGACGACAGGGUCUUACUGGGAGAUUUCGACGAAAAUUUCAGCAACUAUUACAGCGAGACAUGCGAGUUCGAUGUACGUUUCUUGAUGUCACGGACGCCCAUGGAGCGAAUGCACGAAGCCAUCUCCGGUAUCUUUACCUCUAAGCAGACCUGCAGGGCCUUCCCGGUUCCUAUUAAGAAGAAAGUCGCCGUUUAUCCCAUUUAUAAGUUCUACAAUAAGCUGAUCAGGGAUAAUCCUGAACAGAGGUCGGCAGUCGAGCACAUAGUGUCGGGCACGUCUGGGAAGGCUCCGUACAUCGUAUUCGGGCCUCCUGGCACCGGCAAGACUAUGACAAUUGUUGAGGCCAUUAUACAGCUAGUGGUAAGAAACUCGAGAAACAGAGUGUUGGUUUGCACAGAUUCUAACAUGGCCGCCGACCAUAUCGCCCUAAUGCUUAUGCGGUACAAUAAGGUUUUAAAUAUUAACAACUUCUUGCUGCGUGCUAAUUCCCGUUCCAGAGAGUGGACAGUGAUGCCGGCGGAGUUGGCGCCCGUGUCCAACGGGACAAACUACGAGAACUUCUUCUCCGUCAGCAACCUGCAGAUGUCCACCUACCGCGUCGUCGUCACCACCUUGUCGCACGCCGCUAAAUAUGCUUCGAGCAGAAGCCAAAGUUCCCACAAGCUGCAGAUGUCGCACUUAUUCAUCGACGAGGCGGCGCAGGCGUCGGAGCCGGCCACGCUCAUCCCCACGGCCGGGCUGCUGGCGCCCGCCGGCCAGCUCGUGCUCGCCGGCGACCCGCGCCAGCUCGGGCCCGUCUGCAUCUCGCACGAGGCCAGCAAGCGCGGCCUGGGUCAAUCUCUCCUGGAGCGUCUACGAACCACCUACGAAAACCUCUACACCGACGAUUCUGACUACAUCACCAUGCUCGUCAAGAACUUCCGCUCCGACCCUGACAUCCUGCAGAUACCAAACACAUUGUUCUAUGAAGAUAAUUUGCAAGCUCUAGCGAAACCAGACCCGCUAAGUCAAGUGAGCAUCCUGGGGCAGCCGGGCGGGAACCGCGCGAUCGUGUUCCACGCCGUGCACUCUAGGGAGCAGCGCAUGGGCAACGCGCCAAGCUAUUUCAACGAGAGGGAACUGGAUAUGUUGAAAAGAUACAUCAAAGCGUUGAUCCUGACUCACGGUGUUUUGCCGGAGGAUAUCGGUGUGAUUGCGCCUUACAUACGUCAGGUAUACAAAAUGAAGGCCUGGCUAAAAGAAGAGAAUUACGAAAAAAUCGAAGUGGGCACUGUAGAGUCGUUCCAAGGCAAAGAAAAACGUGUGAUACUUGUUUCCACCGUCCGAGCCAACUGUAGGCUGUUGGACUACGACGCAAAAUACGGGCUUGGAUUCUUGGUCGACGACAAGAGAUUCAACGUAGCCAUAACUAGAGCCAAAGCCAAAAUCAUAAUCAUAGGCAAUCCGACUUGCCUAACCAGAGACAGAAAAUGGCGCACCUACAUGGACCUUUGUAAAGAAUUCGACUGCUUCUUCGGAAUGGACACCCAACAGAUCGAACGGGACUCAAAACUUCUCAUAGAAAUCGCUAAGACUCGUUUCGAGAAGUGUCGCCUGUCUGAAGCUUUGCCGAAGCCGAAUGAAGAGUCGAUUAAAAAGAAGAAAAAGUAACUACAUACAUUCUGUACCGUUAUGUCACAAGAUAUGGCUUGUGGCAAUGUAUUUUUAGUACAUAUUUCUAGAUGA